AUGACGCCGCUGCCGGCGCGGCUGCUACACGCGCGCGGCAAGACCACCGCGGCGCAGCACGUGGCGGCGCGGCACCUGGACCACACCUUCGAGAAGCUAGUAUCCUCCAGCCUCCCGCUCAUAGCGGCGACCCCUCUCCUCGACGCGCUCCGGGCGUCCCCGGAGCCGCUCGCGCUCCCGGACCUGGCCCGCCGCCUCCCGCUCCGCCUCCACCGCCGCGGCCCGCUCCACUUCCUGCGCCUCUUCCCGCGCGUCUUCGACCUCCGGCCCCCACUCCCGCUCUCCCUCUCGCUCACCCCGCCCGCCGCAUCACUCCUCGCCGUCGCCUCCUCCCCCGCCACCGCCGCGCGGACGCUGCACCGCCUCCUCGCCAUCUCCCCCUCCCGCUCCCUCCCUCUCCGCGCCGUCUUCCGCGUCUGGCGCGAGCUCGCCCUCCCGGACGACUUCGAGGACUCCGUGCUUGCGCGGCACCCCCACCUCUUCCGCCUCGGCCCCAACCCCGCCGAGCCCACAACCCACCUUCUGCACCUCGUCGCGGACCCCUCGAAUCUCUCCCCGGCGGUGGACAACACCUCCCGGCCGGACAAGCACGCCUUCCGGCUGCAGUUCCCGCCAGGGUUCAGGCUCACCAAGGAGCACCGCAAAAAGAUCAACGACUUCCAGCUGCUGCCAUACGCCGGUCCGUACGAGCCAACCGACCACAAGCCUGUCGGCACCAAGCGGAAGGUGUCGAAGAUGGCCAGGAGGAAGAUGGAGAAGAGGGCGGUGGGGAUCGCGCACGAGUUCCUCAGCCUCACCGUCGAGAAGAUGGUGGAGGUCGAGAAGUUCAGCCAGUUCCGCAAGUGCUUCGGCAUCGACGUGAAUGUCAGGGACGUGUUCUUGGAUCACCCGGGGAUAUUUUACCUCUCGGCAAAGGGGAAGCGACACACGGUGUUCCUGCGGGAAGCGUAUGACCGCGGCAAGCUUGUUGAGCCGAAUGAUGUUUCGGAGGCGCGGAGAAAGCUUGUUGAGCUCAUGCUCCUGCGCCGCCGUGGGCUUGGGAACGCCAAUUCUAAUGCCAACAUUAUGUCUUCAAGUGCCGAUGCCAAAGAGAGUAAUGAUGAUUUGCAGGAGCUAGGGGUUUGAUAGUUUGUUUGUUGUAUCCGACAAGCUGGGGCACUGGAGCAACAAUAUGUGGAUCAUGAAUAU